UGCAGACUCUCGUCAUCAUACUGACGUUUCUGGUCUUCGAGCAGCAGAUGAAGCUGACGUUAGUUAACACCUGUCGAAGUUUCAACAAACGGUCAAGCGUGACAUGGAAUUUCCCGACAGAUUCUUUCAAAGCGUACAUGAUGCCGGAGACGACAGCGACGACGACCAUCGAGGCGAGCAUCCAGCACCAUUGCGACGAGGUGAACCGCACGAAGUUCACGCGCGAACGCAAGUUGCAGCUACAGCAGCUUCUCGGCAGCUCGGCGGAACACACGUUCGACUCGCCCACCGACUACAGCGACGAGGCCCACUUGAACGCCACGCCGCGUCUCCAGCAGGACGGCGUUAAAGACGACAGUGGCAUGGACAGCGACGAGGGCUCGUACCGGACGAUGGCCACACUUCACAGCACUCAUGACGACGGUGUACUGACGGACAGCGAGUGGGACAAAGACGAGGCUGUAUAUAGUGUGUCGUUAACGACAGCGAGUACGACUACAACGACCAUGACGACGGGGUACCGGAAGCCGAUACAAGACAUGGUUGAGAAGUGGUACACGAGCAAGGUGAGAUGCGCGCAGCCCGACGACAGCGACUACAUGACGGCAGACCCGCUCUUGCUGGGGGACACCGUCAGUGUGUUGCCGGGCCUGCGUCAGACUCACACUGCAGACAGGAUGACGCCUCCCGCCAAACAGCACGUACCGAGAGGCCAGGAGGCGCUGCAGCUGUUUGAUCCGGUCAAAGUUAAGAAACUCCUGGACACCAACGAUCAGAAGUACUCACACACGGACAAGCCAGACCAUCUAGAAACAAGCAUAUUGCUGCUAACAAGAGAACACGUUCCCAUGACGCACUCUACAAGAGAGUACAGUUUUUAAUAAUCGAGUGCAUUUCCAUGAUGCACCGUACAACAGAGUAUAGUUAUUAAUAAUUGAGUGCAUUUGCAUGAUGCACCGUACAACAGAGUAUAGUUUUUAAUAAUCGAGUGCAUUUCCAUGACGCACUGUACAACAGAGUAUAGUUUUUAA